AUGCCGCCUGAACUAUGUCGUCUAACAAACAUUCAAAACUUGGAUGUGUCGGUGAACAACAUCUUUGGAACAAUACCAAAAUGCCUCAACACUUUGACUGUUCUGGCACAGAAAGGAAAUUCAUCUCCUACCCGUCAAUACCAAAUAAAUGAUACUUUAGCUGAUAUGCACCAGACAUUGGAAUUCAAAAACACCUUGGGAUUUCUGACGAGAAUUGAUUUCUCGAGCAAUAGAUUAACGGGGGAGAUUCCAAGUGAGAUCACGGAUCUUGUUGGGUUAGUUUCGUUAAACCUGUCGAGAAACAAAUUGACAGGUGAGUUGCCUGUAGAGAUUGGAAAGUUGCAAUCAUUGGUUGCCCUUGAUUUGUCAAGAAACCAGAUAAAUGGCAGAAUUCCAACCAGCCUUGCUCAGAUACAUGGUCUUGAUGUCUUGUACUUGUCCUACAACAACUUUAUUGGCGAAAUUCCAACCACUCGGCUCCAAAGUUUUGAUCCCUCUGUUUAUGCUGGAAAUCCUCAACUGUGCGGACCUCCACUUCAAAACACGUGUUGUGAUGAAGAAGAAAAGAAUGAGCCUAUAACAUGGGGAUUUUACGUCAGCGUGGGGCUUGGUUUUUUUGUUGGAUUUUGGGGAGUUUUUGGCAGUCUGAUUUUCGUCAGGCCAUGGAGAUACUCGUACUUCAGGUUCUUGAAUGUCUUGAAUGAUUGGUUUUAUGUGAAGGUGGUUUUAAUCAAGCGGCACUUCAGUUAA